AUGUCGGUCGUCCUCCCAGGCAAUCAUGUCCCAGCACAACACGUCAAUCUCAAACUAGGACCAGGUCUUCAACAAUUAACGACUGCGGGACCAAGUAGAAUCGACUCGACGGUGAUUGCGACGCGUGCUGGAGAGCUACGCCAUUCCACAAACCGGAGCAAAUGGUGGAUAGAGAGCAAUUCGAGACGGUACGUUCCUGCUCCUCAGGAAGCAGUGAUUGGAGUCGUCACCCAACGUAUCGGCGAGGGGUAUCGGGUAGAUAUUGGCUCUGCCCACCCUGCGUCUUUGGACGGUUUGGCUUUUGAAGGAGCGACAAAACGAAACAAGCCCAACCUCAAGGUUGGAUGCGUCGUGUACGCACGAGUCUCCCUUGCUCAUAAAGAUAUGGAACCUGAACUGGAAUGUUUUGAUGCUCAAACACGAAAGGGUGAAGGCUUCGGUGAGCUCAAGGGCGGAUUUAUUGUGAGGUGCGGCUUGAAGAUGUGUCGGGAUCUUUUGGAUCCAAAUCAUUACCUGUUACCUCUCCUGGGUGGCCGUUUCCCUCAUGAGAGUGCCGUUGGACUCAAUGGCCGAGUCUGGGUAUCUGCAAAGGAGAUCAAGGAGACUAUCGCAAUGGUAAGAUGCAUAGAGGCUGCAGAUCCGGAUGGAGGGGGACUCGACGCCCAAGGGGUGAAGAGCUUUCUCGAGACAUUGGAUGUGUGA